CCUGGGCGCCCGGGCUGCGGCCCCCGCGGCGGAGACCCCGGCCCGGGACCCUCGCCCGCCACACCUGGCUUCCUGAAUAAAUCCUCUCUCUCUCUCGGCCUCCCUGCGUGUCUGUCUCCGUCUCUAGCCAGUUCGCUUUUAAGGAGGGCACACAGCACCGCGCACCUGCGGGGGUUUCCCUCCUACCUCCGGGACCGUGGGCGGCGCGCGCGGGCCAGGUGCGGCGAUGCUGGCGGAAGCGGGGCGCAAGGCGGACUGCGCGUGCUCCUACGGGAUGGAGCUCACCUGGGACGUCAACGAUCCGCAGAUGCCUCAGGAGCUGGCCCACUUUGACCACUUCUGCGAGUGGCCGGACGGCUAUGUGCGCUUCAUCUACCGCAGCGACGAGAAGAAGGCCCAGCGCCAUCUGAGCGGCUGGGCCAUGCGCAACACCAACAACCACAACGGCCACAUCCUCAAGAAGUCGUGCCUGGGCGUUGUGGUGUGUGCCCGGGCCUGCACCCUGCCCGAUGGCUCCCGCCUGCAGCUGCGACCUGCCAUCUGCGACAAGGCGCGCCUGAAGCAGCAGAAGAAAGCAUGCCCCAACUGUCAUUCCACUUUGGAGUUGAUUCCCUGUCGCGGGCACAGUGGGUAUCCUGUAACCAACUUCUGGAGGCUUGAUGGCAAUGCAAUAUUUUUUCAAGCCAAAGGAGUUCACGACCACCCAAGACCAGAGAGCAAAUCAGAGACGGAAGCUAGAAGAAGCGCCAUCAAGAGACAAAUGGCCUCUUUUUACCAACCCCAGAAAAAGAGAAUUCGAGAACCAGAGGCCGGAGAGAAUCAAGACAACGGUGGACAUUUCAGCAACAUACCUCCCUUGGAAAAUCCAGAAGAGUUUGAUAUCAUUACUGACACUGGCUUCCCUAUUUCAGGGCAGCCUUGCUUUUCCUUCCCAAACUCCGAUGCUUACAAAGCUACCUGUGACCUAGCCACCUUUCAGGGAGACAUAAUGCCACCCUUUCAGAAAUAUCCAAACCCAAGAAUUUUUUUGCCUAGGCCACCUUGCAGCUAUGAAUUGGCAGCUCCUCGUUACACAAAUUCAAGCCCACAUCCCACCCUUUAUAAGAAUUCUAGCAAUGUCCCUAAUGACACAGACUGGGUUCAUCUGAAUGCACUACAAUACAACGUCAAUUCAUACGGCAGCUUUGAGAGAAGCUUUGAUUUCACCAGUAAACAACAUGGCUGGAAACCAGCUCUUGGAAAACCUGGAACUGGGGAGAGGACUGACCAUGGACAGUUCCAGGCCGUGGCCAAUCACCCUUAUUAUAACACAGAGCUCCCCUGCAGGUACCUCGCAGCUGCCCCAGCAGGUGCUCCAGCCCUGCAGACAGUGAUCACCACCACCACCAAGGUGUCCUACCAGGCCUACCAGCCCCCGGCUCUGAAAUACUGUGACAAUGUACAGGAAGUGAAGAGCCUUUCAGGGUGUAACUAUGCUUCUGAAAACAUCCCCAUGUCCAUCUACCCGGAAGUCUUGGACUUCCCAACCACAGUAGCCAGGGCAGCCUCUCCAGCAGGGUCAUUGCCUUUGAAAAUUCCAGGUGAUUGCAGAGCCAUCAGACCCACUUUGGCCUUUCCUCAAGAGUCUGCUCCCCCUAGGACAGAUGGAGCAGAGACUUGGGAUGUGUGUCCAUCUAGGUUGGGGUCUGCAAUCAAUUAUUCAGAUGGGGUCAGUCCAUUCUUUAGCUACGAUAGUGAGGACUAUUGAACAGCAAUCCUGGCCACAGCAUAAUAUCGGUGUCCAUGUGUGCAGUGAAAUGUGGAAUAGGAGCUAUCUCUUGUUUGAGCUGGGAGAUUGAUCUAGCAGACAUAAAUAAUAAUAAUGCUGAUCAGUUGAGAAAAUCAUGGGUUGGAAAUAUUUAGAUAGUAUAGGGAAAGUUGUGCACAGCACUAUAAAACCUAUCACACUACAGGGGUGCCUGGGUGGCUCAAUCAUGUAAGCCUCCAGCUUGAUUUUGGUUCAGGUCGUGAUCUCAGGGUCAUGAGAUCAAGCCCUGGGUCAGGCUCCACUCUCGGGGCAGAGUCUGCUUGAGAUUCUCUCUCUCCCUCUUCCUCUGCCUCUCCUGCACCCCAGGCUCAUUCACUGGCUUUUAAAUAAAUAAAUAAAUAAAUAAAUAUCUUCAGAAUAAAAAAGAAACCUACCAGACUACAUAGAUUUAGGUCUGAAAUGUGACUCCCCCAAAUGAACAAAUAAGCAGUUUGGAUACCAUGAUGAUUAAUAAUCUAAAUUCACUGGAGUAGAAGCCAUGAAUCCUGGUUCUCAUUCUAAGCCCUUUCCCAUUUGACCAUAGGUAAUUUCAUAAAUCCUUAUCUGGCACUUAGGGGUUGUCAAAAUAGCUUCCAGAAGAAAUCUUGACAAUCUUAUCUCCUGAGUUGUUUCUUAAAAUGUUUAUUUAGCAUUUACACUCUAUUAAAAGAGCUUCAGGAAAUAUAUUUAAUCAUUUUAUCUCCAAGUAUAUAUCUACAACUUUUUAAAAAUCUACAAUAUUGCAAUGAUAACAUGCAAUUGUUUUAAGAGAAUUUUGUUUGCCAGUAUCAGCUGAAUAGCUUUUCUUAACAUCGAUGAAUGUUUUCAUAACAGAAAGAGCCUAACUAUGAUGUGUAUUUAAUGGAUUAUUAUUGUGCUAAAAUUUGUUUUUUUUCUGAUUAAGUUUUGGAAUUAGAAUUGAGAUGUUUUAUUCAAAUGCAGCUUUACUGUUCUUUUGUUACUCCUUAUAAAUGUCAUUGAUAAUAUUUGAUUGAAUGUAAUAAAGAAGUUUUAAGGUAAUGUUGAUGCUGGUGUUAUUUCAAAAUGAAAAUAGGAAAAAAAUAUUGUUCAUAUUAUCACCUGGGAAAUAGUUUCUAUAAUAUACAGAAACAUAUCGGUUCAUUUAACAGUUUUAUAGUUUAUUUCUUUUUAUCCUUUCGUAUCUUUUGACCCCCUUCACCCAUUUUGCUCACUCCCCCCCUCCACCUCUGGCAACCACCAAUCUGUUCUCUGUAUCUAUGAACUCUAUUUUUUGUUAUUUUAGAUUCCACAUGUAAGUGAAAUCAUAUGGUAUUUGUCUUUCCCUGUCUGACUUCUCACUUUGUAUAAUGCCCCCAAGAUCUAUCCAUGUUGUCACAAUAGAAGACUUCAUUCCUUUUCAUGGUUGAGUAAUAUUCCAUUAUACCUAUAUGCCAUAUUUUCUUUAUUCACUCAUCCAUAGGUAGAAAACUAUUAGGUUGUUUCUGUGUCUUUGCUAUUGUCAAUGAUGCUACUAUUUACGUGAGGGUGCAUAUAGCUUUUCAAUUUGGUAUUUUCAUUUUCUUAGUAUAGAUACCUAGCAGAGGAAUUGCUG